AUGGAUGCUGUUGGAGCCAAAGACGCUGCGAGAGGCCGCGAGGUCUUUUCCGCAAUAGUUGAAACUAAGCUGGGACCGGAAGCGCAAUUGCUGCUAAGAGAGGAGUUCGAUUUCGAGGAUUCCGAUCUAGCGAAACAACAGCAAUCGACAAAGAGGCUCCCUGGAUGCCUAGGCUUUCUCAACGGUCCUCAGCCUCUUCGCCCGCAAAAUAUUCGUCCCUUCUUUCCAUCUCUCCAGGAUGCUCCUGCCAAAUUACUCACGAAAGUCCUGGCUCGUCAGGAACACCAAAAUCUUUUCCUGAAUGUCAUCUUAGUUAUUUGGCUGUUGCUGUUCGUUGGCUUCUUAGCUACGGAAUUGCCCACGGUUGAUGGACAUGGCAAGUAUGUCGUCAAUCUGGAUUGUACCGACUCGCUGUGGAGACGCAAGAAUGGGUGUGGCAUCAAUGGUGCGAACUGCCAUCCCUUCGAGAACUCCUCAUUUGCGUUCCAAUGCCCUUCCAAGUGCGCCGAUGUGCAGCUUCUGAACCCACAUGCUGUGGGUGCAUACGAUGCCAACUACCGGCCUCUCGUCGUCGGCUCCGAGACCUAUCGAGGAGAUAGUUUUGUCUGUGCCUCAGCUAUACAUGCUGGAAUUAUCGACAGCCGAAACGGCGGCUGUGGUCGUGUGGAGCUGGUCGGCGAAAAGAGCAACUUCACAACUACGAAACGUCAUGGCAUCGAAUCCAUUGCCUUUGACUCGGACUUUCCGCUAUCCUUCCAGUUUGCCAAAGAGGAUGCAAAUCUCGAAUGCAGCAGUGAGCCACGUUCUGUUCUGCUUUUCGUGUCGCUCCUGACAACAACCACACUUUCUCUGCUUUCGACCCGGUCGAAGAUCUUUUUUCCAAUAUUCAUCAUUAUAUUCAUGCACGUCAGCUUCGUGUCUGAUCCACCACAAGCAUCAUACCGGAACAUCACAGUUCUGCCGGAUCAUAUAUCGAUGUUUGCGAAAAGACUGCUCCCAGCAAUCUUCAUCGCCGUCAUCAUAUGGACGACGGUCGUGAAGCGCACCUUAUCUGGGCUCGAUGCACCGAUGGAGAAGACUGUUCUUUGGCUGGGAGGCUUCUGGAUUGGCGCUCUAUCGAAUUAUACUCUCGAUUGGAUUCCAAUCUCGAGGCUCACCGCUCACGAUCUGGAGCAGCAACCUGGCGCGAAGGUGGCCCUAGCCAUCAUUGUCGGGGUACUCUUACUCAUCGCGGUCGGUCAGAUCUACUUCUUUUGGUGCGAAGGACGACUACUCGCGUAUCUUGGACUGUAUGGAAUGUUUCUCUUCGCUGUCCUGGUCUGCCUUGCCAUUCCUGGCCUCAAUCUUAGGAUCCAUCACUACAUCAUCAGCCUGUUACUGCUUCCAGGAACAAGCAUGCAGACGCGGCCAUCGUUGCUGUAUCAAGGCAUCUUGCUUGGACUUUUCGUCAACGGCAUAGCGCGUUGGGACUUCGACUCAAUCCUCCAAACCACCGCGGCCUUACGAGAGGAUGGCAUCUCCAACACGGUCGUGCCUGCGGUGAUCACGCCCAAAAUUGAAACAAGCGUUACGGAUGGUGUUGUGGCAGCCUUCUCUUGGAUAGCCCUUCCUGAAGAUACACAAGGCCUCAGUGUCCUCGUAAAUGACGUGGAGCGUUACCGCGGUUUCAUCGAUGAGUAUCCAAAUGGCGAGACCUUCAAGUGGGGUCGUCCGGCGGGUGAUAUGAUGAAUGACUACUUCCGCUUCGCCUUCAUUAGGGAUAGCCGUACGCUGGACUAUUCAAAAGCUGGCACGCUGAUGAGCAAUGGCACUUGGGUCGCAUAG